GCCGGUCACUUCUCACUGCUGCUUUGCAGGGUGACAGCCUUCUCUCAGUGCCCAGUCUCUCCCAGCGCAGCGUGCCUCCGGACUUCCGCACACUGCUUAGCAACCAGAUGAAAAGGGUUUUAAUCCUCACAGUGUCUGUCUGCAGCUGGUUUAAACUAGCAGAAGGGGUACCCUACACUUCCACACCAUGGCUGCCAUCAGGUGUUUGUGUGUUACUGCCGCUGCUGUGUUCCUAACCCUGUGUACCCCACGCUGUCAGGGUGCUGAGGAAGAUCGAGCGAUGGAGAUCCACACUAUGGACAUUGACUGUAAAAUCACGUCUCGCUUCGCUCGCACAUUUAUCACCACUGAAAUCCGGAACCCGCGGAACUCCUCCCACGAGGCUGUGUUUGCUGUGGAGCUUCCGAAAACGGCCUUCAUCACCAACUUCAGCAUGACUGUGGAUGGUGUAACGACUGUCGGAGUGGUGAAAAAGAAAGCGGAGGCGGAUGAACAGUACAGAGGAGCGUUGUCCAGGGGUGAGAGUGCCGGUCUGGUCCAAUCUACUGGAAGGAAAAUGGAGCAUUUUAAAAUCUCGGUGAAUGUCGGGGCGCUGGCGACGGCCGUAUUUAAACUGACCUAUGAGGAGUUGCUGAAGCGCCACCACGGAAUUUACGAAUUGCAGCUGAAAGUUAGACCCCAGCAGCUGGUAGAAAACUUCCAGAUAACCGUCGACAUCACAGAACCGCAGGAAAUCAGUUUUGUAAAAGCCUUUGGAAAGUUCAUCACGAAUGAGUUGACAGAAACCGUUGACGUAAAUCACACGCACAACAAGGCGCAUAUUGUAUUCAGACCAACGGUAGAUCAGCAGCGCAAGUGUCAUGACUGCGUAGAGACGCUGCUGGACGGAGACUUUGUUGUAAAAUAUGAUGUUAAGAGACAGACUUCAGCUGGAAAUAUACAGAUUGUCAAUGGAUACUUCGUGCACUACUUUGCGCCCGCCAGUCUUCAGAAGGUUCCCAAGAAUGUGAUUUUUGUUAUUGACUGCAGUGGGUCUACGAAGGGGCGCAAAAUUCAACAGACAUUUGAAGCCUUUACAAAAAUCCUAGAAGAUUUACCAGAGGAAGAUCAUAUUGGGAUUCUAAAAUUCAACGGCGAAGUUGUUAAAUGGAAGAAUAAUCUGGUUAAGGCUGUACCUGACAAUAUCAAGAGUGCCAAAGAGUUUGUAGCUCAGAUCAGCGCAAGAGGAAGUACUAAUAUAAAUUCAGCUUUAUUAUCUGCUGCGGAGAUGCUGAAAGUUGGGAGAGACAAUAAGUUACUACCUGAAAUAAGUACUUCAAUUAUAAUAUUCCUAUCUGACAGAGACCCAACCGAAGGUGUCACUAACAUAGAAACAAUAAUGAGAAAUGUGAAACAAGAAGUGAACGGCCAGGCAACGUUAUAUAGUUUGGGAUUUGGCUCAGAUGUAGAUUAUAAUUUCUUGGAGAAAAUGUCCUUGGAGAAUGGAGGUUUCGCGAGGCGUAUCUAUGAGGAUUCCGACUCUGCGUUACAACUGCAGAAUUUCUACAAAGAAGUUGCGUUCCCUGUGCUCCUGGACGUUUCCCUACAAUAUCCCGAUUUUUCUAUCAGCGCAUUAACCCAGAACAACUUCAGACAUUACUACCAGGGAUCAGAAAUAAUUGUCGCCGGAUAUUUGGAAAAUAACGACGUGGACAUUUUAACAGGGCAGGUCACCGCACAAGGUGUGUCAGAGCCGUUCUCCAUGGAAGUGGUGACUCACAUACACGGACAGGAACAUAUGGCUAAAGAGCAGAGUUACAUUUUCGGGGACUUCACAGAGAGACUGUGGGCUUACCUGACCAUAGAGCAGCUGCUGAGCAAACAGGUCUCGGCUGAGGGCGAGGAAAAGAACAAUAUCACGGAGGAAGCCCUGUCCCUGUGCUUGAAGUACAACUUUGUGACCCCUCUCACCUCGAUGGUUAUCACCUCCCCCGAGGACCGAGACGACAAGAAGAAAAUAGUGGCAAACAAGCCAAAGGAAGAUGAUAUGGAUGAUGAUUACGAAUAUGCCCAGGGACGCUCUCUAUUCCCAAUUAGGCCUUCCAAGAAACAGUCACAAUCAAGAUCACAAUUGAUGACAUAUAGGUGCACAUAUCCAAGACGGAAACCAGGAGUUUCCUUAGAUCAUCCCUCAACUGCAAUGAAAUCGAUCAUUCUCAGACCAACAGACUGUAAAGACGCCCACGUGCUCAUCACCCCACAAUCUGUUCCUGAAAAGAUGUGCAUCCGAAUUAAUGAGAAACCAAAUACCAUUAUACAACUACUACACAGUUCUGACAAAGGUGUAACGCUUAAUGGCAGACUGGCCGCUGAUAACAGCAGUUUAGAUAAGCUUGGGAUCGUGCUGAAGAAAAAGAUGAUAUUGGUGGAAAUAACGACUAAAAACAUUACCGUGACCACCGGCCAGGAAUCAGAAGUCUACUCAUGGGCAUCACCAUUACAGGGAACACGGUUUAUGAAGAGAGAAGGUAAAAGAUUAAUGGUAUAUCUGGACAGCAGAUUCUGGGCGAUAAUCUCAUUGGCCAGAAACCCAGAUCGCUUGGCUCUACAUCUGGAGAAUAAGAGGCGAGAUCUGAAUUACACAGAGGGACUGCUCGGCCAGUUGAUAAGUGAUGAUAAAUUACGCAUAGAAACGGAUCAGAUCAUUGUUAAUGGGAAAACUCUUCCGGCUGAGAACAUCUGUGACUUAACAUCACAUGGCGGAAAACAGCAAUUACCCUGCGUGAGCGUCGCUGUGAAAGCUGAUGAUUUCCCCGGUGGAAACAGUAUAAUUGUCUCAGAUAUCUUUUAUGUUCCGCAUAAGUAAUAAUGUAAUAAGGAAUACGUGUGCUACUCUGACCAAGUAACAGCAAUUCAUAAGAAGCUGUAAUAAUACCUUUUGUGCUUACUUCUUGGUAAAAAUACAAUGACCUAAGAUGUGAAAUAAAUUGACUGCCAAUGAAUAUGUGACUAUGGAUCUGUAAUAAAAGAAUGGUCUUAUCUCGGUCCAGACCUA